AUGAGGUCGUCGUCGGGCCGCACGAAUGCGGGAGCAGCCGGGAUGGGCUUCACGUCGCCGCUCGACGCAGACGCCGCCGAGGCGCGUCGGCUCCAACGUGCCGCGCUGUUGCAAGCGCGCGGCGGGCCCAACUCCAUGGAGAAGCGAUUCCUGCGCUUUAUAUCGGCCGGAACCUUCCUGGAUUCUGCCACCCUGAGCUCCGUCGCGCCCAUCCUCCCGGGCUACGCGCGCCGCUUCGGCCUGACGCAGCACGCCGUCACGCUGCUCCUCGCGGCGCGCAACGUCACGUCCGUGCUCGCGUCGCUUCCCAUAGGCGUGCUCCUCCUCUUAAUCUCCGUCCCCACCAUCUUCGCCGCGACCUUCUCCCUCUCCACCCUAGCCUCUCUCUCCCUCGCGUUUCCCCUCGCCGGGGCAGGCUCGCUUGCUGCUGCCCUGGUUCUCCAAGGCGUCGCCACCCAAUCCGUGCGCAGCGUCGGGCUUUUUUUCGCUGCCCGGGUUUGCGGGUCAGGCGCGUCAUUGGACGAGGUGGUGGAUCAGCUCGCGCAGAAGGGCAGCGAGGGGCUGCACAAACUUUUGGGCUCGGGCAGGCUGUGGACUGCCCGGGGCAGAACGUCGUUAAGUUAUGGUUUGGUGGGGGAUGGGAGGAGAGGGACAAGUAGCCUUAGCGGUAUCAGCAACACUCCUUACGAAAGGCUUACCCCUUCCCAGCAGCAGCAGCAGGAGCAGCAGGAGCAGGAGGAGGAGGAGGAAGAGCAGCAGCAGCAGGAAAUAGAGGGGCAGGGAUGGAGGGAGUUUUCAGGAGGGAGAGAAGCUGCAUGGAGCGAAAGAGAGACACAGGUUAGAGGGAGAGGGAGAGGGAGAGGUAGAGGAGGAGGGAGACGUGGAGGAAGAGGAGGGAGAGGGGAGCGAAGGGCACGAGUCGGGGGCGUUGGUGCUCCAGGCUCGGCCGGAGCAGGAGCAGGAGGAGGUUCGGCAUCCGAAGGUCUGUUUGUGGUUCGGAGCGGUGACCAGGUAUUCAGAUCGGCAGCAGCAGACUACUCCCUCACAGGCACCCACUUCCCCACCGCCUUUGCAGACGGCAUGGACGGCACCCCCUCCGGAGCCUCCUCCGCAGCUUCCUCCGCAGCUUCCUCUGCGGAAUCCUCUCUGCUGAUCGGCGUGAUUGGCUCGUUGCUGGGUUGGGCGUCACUGGGAACGCUCAUCGGGCCGCUGUUUGGCUCGUUUGCUUACCAGUACCUGUCGCCGUGGAUCGCGUAUCUCGUUGCGGCUGUGGCAGCGGCGGCGCUCGCAUUCCUCUCCUUCCUGCUCUCGCCUGAAGCACACUCCCUCGACCGCCUCGAGUUCCAGCUCAGCUGGCGCAAGAAAAAACAGCAGAAGCAGCAGCAGCAGCAGCAGGAGCAGGAGGAGGAAGAGAUGGAGGAGCAGGAGGAACCGCAGCUGCAGCAGCAGCAGGGUAACCCGGGGUCCUACGCACUCACAAAUACCUCCUCUAACCCCCCCGGUGCUGACUCCUUGCACUCUUCUUCACCCGGGCCUGUGUCACUAGGCCUCGCUUCUGCCUCUACAGCAGAACCCGGCCCUGACUCUAUCGUCAGUCCAGGUUUCCAGGCGGGCAGCGGGCAGGUGAUGGUAAAUUUCGAGGCGCUAGGGGUAGAGCCGCCUCCGGAACCUUCCGACCUGCCCGACUCAUUCUUUUCGUCGUUUGCGUCUCGUCAGGAUGACCCUUCAGGUGCCCCUUCAGGGGGGGCAGAGUAUAAUGAUGGAGACUUUGUGCUGACACGGAGAUUCGAACCCAUGACCUCUGCCUCGAACCCAGCAACUGCUGCUGUUCCUGCAGCUGCCUCUGCUCCUGCUGACGGCUCCGAACACACUCCACAACCCGUCAACUCUUCCUCUUUUUCUGCACAGCCACACCACUCCUCUCCUUCCUCACAAACCGUCAACUCCUCUCCUGCUCCACAGCCCCGCAUGCCUACCCCUCAGGCGCCCCUGCCCACUAGUUCCGUCCCCCUCAUCCCCCCUCCCAACCCCACACCUGACAGUGCGAUGGUGACUGCUUCUGCCCCUGUUGCCCCUGCUCUUGUUCCAUCUGCCCGUGCCGCUGCCUCUGGCGGAUCUUCCACUGCCGUUACCUCUGAACCUGAACCUGCAGCUGCCUCUGGUGCUGGAGGCCUGGGAGCUGCUGCUGUUAUGGGUUCAGGCGCUUCUGUCGAAGGUGGUGCUGCUAGCACAGAGGCAGAAGGGGGUGCGGAGUGGCACGAGGUGCCUCUGUCAGGAGACUCCACCCACGCUGCUGCUUCUGCCAUGAGCCAUGUCCCACUCUCACAUGAUGAGCACGAGCACGCCAUGAGCCAUGGCCUACAUUCCCAUAGCCUGCAUGCCAUGAGCCAUGUGCCGCAUUCACAUGAUGAGCGCCCCAUGAGCCAUGAAUCAUCAACAGCAGUUGAAGGAGGCGCUGAAAGGGGGCUGGCAGGAGCCAACCAGCACCGCCACCAGCACUGCCACCAGCACCACCACGGCAACAAGCAAUCUCCCUCGGGGUGCCCCUACCAUCCCUCCUCUUGA